UUUUCUUUUCCCUCCGUUUGUAAACACCUGCAAAUACAAACGCAGUGUACACAAAAUUCUAAGAUUUGCAUCAGAGUCAAUUGUCUGAUAUGGUAUUUAGGGAUUAAAGAUAUCAACACUUGAUAUUUCACCGUGUUUCGAAUCCGUGUGAAGUUUUUCUGCAUUUCAAAAUGCAAGACGUAUCCGAAUUCAACAUUAGCUUCGUGAAGCUGGUUGAGGCACAUCCCUGCCUUUAUGAUACUACCACUGAUGAUUAUUACCGCGGACAUGUUCAAGAUCAAGCCUGGAGUUCAAUAGCUCGGACUAUUGGUCCUACUGUUACUGUCAAGGAAUGCAAAGCCAGGUGGCGAAACUUGCGUGGUAGGUUCACCAAGCAUUUGAAAAGUUACGCGUCUGCGGAUCCUGUUGAAAACAACAAACGUCCGUAUUACUUGGCGGAGCAUUUGGAAUUUCUGCUUCCUUUUACAAAAUCCAAAAAGUUAGGAGAAGAGGAUGAUACUCCGUUUGAGGACCAUAUUUCUCGAUUCUUGGAAAUAGAUUCCUCAAUUUCAGAUAACCCCGUAGAGGGUGAGGAGCUUGGAGCUCAUGAAGCUAUCGAAUACAAAUAUCAAAGAGCACAAAGCGAGACAGAUCGUAAUGAUAGACUUGGCCAUGACCGACACGAACCUCACCGCGACGUUGAACGCCCUAAUAAACGAAUGGCACCCUAUGGCUCUGAUCCCAUACCGAUGCAUGAAAAAUAUCGUCGACUAAGUAGUUCUGGCCAACGAAAAUAUGCAGAACACGAUGAUGGCAGUCGAUCACACCGCGCAAACGAUAUAGUCGAUUAUAAAGAUAGUGAUGUUCUGUUCUUGAUGAGCUUGCUCCCAGAUCUGAAGCGGAUGAACGACGUCCAAAAAAGAAACUAUAAAAUCGGAAUCCUCAGUCUGGGUGGCGAAAUUCUCAAUGAACAUUCCACUCAACCAAAUUCCAUCUCGGCCGCUGCCGUUCAGAGGCUGAUUAGACGGAAUUCAUCCUACAUGUCCCCCGAUUCGGGCAUGCCAAGAUCCCAGCGCAAAGGUGUCCAAACAUCGGAGAAUGAAGAAUCAACCGAGAAUUCUACAUCUAACUAGAUUCGGUAAAUCGGCCAUAUCGAAGUACAUAUUAGCUAAGAAUAAAUGUUAAUCGUAACUUAAGAUUAGAAUUGAGUGCGUCCUAUUUUAGUAUUUCAUGCAUUUUAUCGAAAAUGAUUGUGAUUUAUUUUAAAUGUGUGUAAGAGAAUAAAGCAUAAUUUCAUCUAUCUA